AUGGAGCAGUCUAUUAUUGACUUGUUCUUUACUAAAUUUGUCCAACUCAAUCAUUACGCUUCCGAAUUUAAUGUGAUGUGUGGCACACCAGAUUUCCUUCAAGAAGUUAAUGGGUCGACUUUAUUUCGUCUCGAAUACCUUUCAAAGACAUAUCAACAAUUACAAACAGAAGUUGAAAUUUCAAAAAAAUACGAACAAAGUAUAGCGGAAUUUAAAAACUUGACAACAACCCUCUUCCAAACCCUAGAAGAAGAAAAUAACAAAAUCCAAAGGGUUUAUGCCAAGUACAAUAAAUUGCUCGACAACACCAUUGAAUUGUUAAACGAAAAUAAAGAAACACGACUGAAGGAAAUCAAACAGCAAAGAAUUGUCCCAGAAACUUUUUCAAUGAUGAAUUCGCUUGAGAGGAAAGAAAUAGAAAAGAUGAGUGGCCUUCAAGUCUCUGAUAUCAUCUUUGAGGGGAAGGCAUCUGAGUAUUCCAAUAUUAAAGAAUUCUUCUGUAAAGGAAUCAUGCAGAAAGAAAAGUUGUGCAUUUUAAUAGAAGACAAUUUAAAUAAUAAAUUUGGAGGUGUCGUCUAUGAAAAGAUUACAAAACAACAAAAAUGCAUUUGUGACCACAAAGCAUUCAUCUUUGUUCUUGAGAAUAAUGGAGCGUUCGAUCCGAUGAAAGUCAUGUUAAAAACAGCAAAAGGGACUGAGGCGUUUGCUACUAACCAGAUCGAAAGUAAAAAGUUGUUUACAUUUGGGUCAGACAUGUCUUUGACUUACAAUGAAUUGAUAAUAAAAUUUAAAUGUAUCAGUUUUAAGAAACUACUAUUUAAAUUUAGUACCACAGCAGUUAAGAGUAUUGCUGUUAUACAACUGAAGUGA